AUGACUAGGAGGUCCAACAAAGACAACCUAGUUGAACAUCCGGAGAUAGACAAGCUUGAGAAGAACUUAGGAAGCAAAAAGCCCAAGAGAUGGCCGACGCUCACGCUGAGAAACCCUAUCCAUCCACCACUUCCUGCAAGGAAUGACUAUGAGAUCAAGCCUCAGAUCAUAGCAUUGGUUAGACAGAACCAAUUCAAUGGCCUUCCAGCCGAACAUCCUCUUGAUCACAUAGAAAACUUUGAAGAGAUUUGCAGCACUACUAGAUCCAAUGGAGUCUCAGCUGACUACUUGAAGUGCAAGCUCUUUUCAUUCUCUCUUGGCGACAAAGCUUCAAGAUGGUUGAAGUCUCUGCCAGCUCACUCCAUUACCACUUGGGAUGAGUACAAGGCCGCUUUCAUCAACCACUUCUACACCAAGCAAAGAUCAGUUUCUGUAGGAACAAGAUCUCCAACUUUCGCCAAGCCACUAAUGAAUCUUUCUAUGAGGCGCUAG